AUGAUAAUCGGAAUUAAGACCCGAGUUGCGAUUGACCCAGCAACAUUAGCAAGCAAAAAGUAUGAGGGGCUCCUCAUUGAUCUGCAGUUCUUGUUCACGAGCAGCUGGAACUCGGUCACUCAAUCGUUCAAUCCACCUAUGGUCCUUGCUUUCGCCGCACACCCGAGUUCAACACCUUUUCCAGACCGCAUCACUCUUCGUUCUCUUGCGUCUUUGGAGGAGCGAAUUCAGAAAGCACUUCACAGUGCGAAAUCUUCACCGACCGAAUCGGACGUCCUUUUGGCACUGCAGGCAUGCAAAAGCUAUGCCGGCUUUCGACUACAAGAUUCAGUGCAAAGCUCUGCUGCUAGUACCCCUACAUCCGUUUUACUGUCACUUGAUGAGUGUCAACCAGUGCAGCCAGUGAACCAUUCUCCAUCCCCGCAGAGAGCAUCUGAGCAGCAAACUGUUGGAUCAACGGCAAGUACAACAGGGUCGGGUACUAUCAUUUCCUCGAAAUCAAGUUCCCUAAAAAGUCUUCAACCACUCACGGAUCUGGCCUACACGAUUAUAUCUCACCCAGAUGUCUUUAUCACCCCUUCAAUCCUUGCAUCCUACGUCUCGCUCCAGGCUCUAAUCCGCGAUCCGUCGCCGAUACCAGCUGUGUUUUCUCUUUAUGCCAACAAAUCAUACACUCCUCCAGGCUCAUCCAAGCCCCGGCAGCCCAAUCCCAACCAGAUCAAAUACGCAAUCCCAAGUCAUAUCGCAUCUGCCGCACUUGACGCAGCUAUUGAGUCGAGAGAUAUGUCGAUCUGCCUUGAUAUCAUUGACACCUCGUAUGGCGCUCCGGCUUUCAUGAAAGCUAAAUUGGUCCGGAGAGCUGCCCCAGCAGCUGUAGCAGGCUGCCUAGCUCCCCUAGCUAUAUACGCCCUAGCAGAUACCAUGGCUGGGUACCAGGAUGAAGUUGAUCACUCGCUCGCUUUAAAAUAUGCGUUUUCUGGCUUAUUGGCAUACGUUGGUUUUACCGGAAGUAUCGGGAUGGUUGCUUUGAUGACUUCGAACGAUCAGAUGGUAAGAGUUACGUGGAUAGUUGGGACACCUUUGAGAUACAGGUGGUUAAGAGAGGAGGAGAGAGCGGCGCUCGAUAAGGUUGCCCAGGCAUGGGGCUUCUCAGAGCCUAAUAAAUGGGGAUUCGAAGAGGGCGACGAGUGGGAGCUUCUUCGAGCAGUGGUGAAUCGAAAGGGAAUGUACUUAGAUAACCCAGCACUAAUGGAAGGUAUGGAAUAG